UGUUUCAGUGCUAGCAAUCAAGCAUCAGUUUGUAGUUGAAAGCGAGAAUUCGUAUUUCUGUUUUAUUUUAUAUUUUUAUUUGUAUACUUUGUACACACUUUCAACUCGCGUUUUCGUUAUGAGCAACCGUAAGAACAACAUUGGUAAAAAGCAAUCCAUUCAAUGGGCCAAGGAUUCGCGGACAAUUGUCAAGUUGCCGCCGUUACCGCGACAACGUUCGUCUGUGGCGCCUUUCUACUGUCGCGUCAUCGCCAAUCGCUACGUCGGGCAAUCGCUGUCCGAGAUUAUGGCCAACAAUAAGCCAAGGAGCACACCUUGGCUGAUAACACGACGCAAUGCCGAGCAGAGUCUGGAGCAACGACAGCGAAUGCUGGUCAAUUAUCGUGAUGCCAAUCGGACGUGCAUCUUGAUGAUCAAGUUGCUGCCCCUGGGCGUGUUGCCCGUGUUGACGGCUCCAUCGAAAUCGUACGAGACCAACGAAUGCUUCUUUGUGCCCUGGACUCAAGUGCCGGGUUCCUCGGCAUUGGGCAAACGUUAUGUGGCUCAUGAUUUUCAACAGCUUGUGUCCGCCGGCGAGCGAUACACUACGGAGUUGGCCAAUUUGGUGGCAGAGACGCGUUCGUUGUUGCCACGCUGGUUGCCACAGGAGGAUCAUGAAUUUGUGUUACCGCCUCCGAUGCAAUUUGCCGAUGAGAGUGCACCCAAGGGGCAUAAUCCAUGGAUGUGGCGACUCAAGCGCAACGAUACCAUCACAUUGUGCAACUUUCCCAUGCAAGAGGAUCAACCCGUGUUGCACAAACACGCCGGACGAUUGCCACGCAAACAUCCAAAAUAGUUUCGAAGCGAAUUGAGGACAUGCCUAGCACCUCACAAGCUGCUGCCAAGAAUAACAAAUCAAUAAAUUCCCCAUAAAAUCCUUUUCAUAAGCAUCACUUGUUUUUCGAAGAAUAUUUUCAAAAUUAUCAAGUACUAAAUUCUGGAUCACAUACAAGAAAAGCAAAACAAAAUUCAAAGUUACUUUGACAAUUUAUUUUCUAUUGAUAUUGGAAAUAUCGGUGGCUCUUUAUUUACAAUUUUCUUCAUCAUCAUCAAGAACAAAUCUAUUAAAACUAGUAUUAGAUAUGCAAAUAUCAAGGAUAUAUAUUUAAUGAUUUAUUAAUCUUAAGUCUUGUACUAAAU